AUGACCCAGAACAACCAGAUUGCACAAUCCUCAAAACAGGCCGAGGACGAGGCCCAGAUCCGCUAUGUCAUCAACAACCUCGAAGCCAUCAACCGCAAACUUGGUGAAGCUGACCCCACCGAAAUCAUCACCUGGGCUAUCGACAACCUUCCCGGUCUCUACCAGACUACCGCCUUCGGCAUCACUGGCUGCAUCACCGUGGAUAUGAUCUCACGCAUCAGCGAACAGCGUGCCGCAAAAGAAGGUCGUCCAGCCAAGCACCUCGUCCCGCUCAUCUUUGUUGACACCCUCUACCACUUCCCUCAGACCCUCGACCUUGCUCACAAGGCCGCAAAACACUACAAUGCCGAGAUGCAUGUAUACUACCCACCUGGUACCAAUACCGUCCGCGAUUUCGAGGACAAGUGGGGACCACAACUCUGGGAGAAGGAUGACGAGACAUACGACUACCUCGUCAAGGUUGAGCCUGCACGACGCGCGUACGAGGAACUCGGCGUUCGAGCUGUCUUCACCGGUCGACGACGAUCACAAGGUGCUGACCGUGCAUCUUUAAACGCGGUCGAGGUGGACGAGACUGGAUUGAUCAAGGUCAACGCCCUGAUGAACUGGUCCUUUGCUCAAGUCGACUCGUAUGCGAAAGCCAACGCCGUGCCAUACAACGAGCUCUUGGAUCUGGGAUACAAGUCGAUCGGUGACUGGCAUUCGACAGCGCUUCCUGGAUCGGGAGAUGCUGGUGAGCGUGCUGGCAGGUGGAAGGACAAGGCCGGUAAGACAGAGUGUGGUUUGCACAAGGAUUACUUCAAAAUGAAGAACUUGGCCGAGAAGAAGUUGCGUGAGGCCGAGCUGGCCAGGAAAGAUGAGGCUCGUGACAAGGCUGCUAGCGGACCCGUAGAAGCAGUUGCACCAGCGACUGUUGCUUAG